AUACCAAACUGAAAUUGAGUGUAGCGUCUGCUCAGCACACGAUCUUUGCAGCACUAGCGGUCUUUCUUACUGCUGUAAGAAAUUGGAGCUCCCCAGGGAUUCUAUGGAACAUGACGUGACUCUGCUGCUGUCACUUUGUCCACUUUUCACUUGACAAGAGUGUGUAGGCGAGGAAGAGGUGGUGGUGGUAUGCGUGUGGGCAGCAGCUGGAGGUGGCAGCUCUCCCGGGCCAUGAGACUAGCGCUGCGUUGGUGCCGAUUGUGCCCUCUGAAGAGAGCCGUUGGAGGCGUCAGAAGCCCACCAAGGCCCGGCGGUGGGGUUCUGGAGCUGUGGAGAUACAGCAAGCUGCUGCUCAAAUCGCUGUACUUCAACAGCCUCAGCAACUCAGACACUUUACUUGACUGUGUGUUCGAGCCCAUCUACUGGAUCGUGGACAAUGUGACGCGCUGGUUUGGAGUGGUGUUUGUCUCUCUGGUCAUCCUGCUGACGACCUCGGUUGUGGUCAUCGUCUAUCUGUUUGUCCUACCCACAAUCCUCAGCACCUAUGUCAUGCCUUGGGUCAUCUGGCACCUCUGCUGUGGCCACUGGCUUCUCAUCAUGGUGGUCUUCCAUUACUACAAAGCCACCAGAACCUCUCCAGGACACCCUCCCAAGGACAAUUUCCAUAUUCCCUCUGUGUCUCUUUGUAAGAAAUGUAUCAUUCCAAAACCGGCCAGGACGCACCACUGCAGUAUCUGCAACACGUGCGUUCUGAAGAUGGACCAUCACUGCCCUUGGCUUAACAACUGCGUGGGCCAUUACAACCAUCGCUACUUCUUCUCCUUCUGUGUCUACAUGACCCUGGGCUGCAUCUACUGCAGCAUCAGCAGCAAAGACAUGUUUCUGGAGGCGUACAGUGCUGUCGAGAGUUACUAUCAGACGGCCCCCCCGCCUUUCACGUCCACAGAGACGACUGCUCACAAGAGCGUCAUCUUUCUCUGGGUGCUGACCAGCUCUGUGGCGGUGGCACUGGGAGGGCUGACCCUGUGGCAAGCCGCGCUCAUCACCCGAGGGGAGACCAGCGUGGAGCGCCACAUCAACCGCAAGGAGACCAAAAGACUGAAGGAGCUGGGCAAGGUGUUCAGAAAUCCUUACCAUCAUGGGAAGAUGGAGAACUGGAAGAUUCUGUUUGGUGUGGAGAAAACCAGCCACUGGUUUACACGCGUUCUCAUACCCUCGAGCCAUCUUCCCAAAGGUGACGGCAUCAUGUGGGACUGCACCUUCACCAGAAGAGACCCUCUGGCCAUCUGAUCCUCUUUACACAUUACCACACCAAUCUUCUCACUGUCAUAUUAAUAUAUAAUUUUUAAGGUGUUGCUGGUCAGCAUUUUUAUCCCUCUCCACAUCCAAAAGUUAAGCUCUUGUUCUCUUUGUGUUGUACGUUUAAGUUUGCAUUAUAAAAGGUUCUAGAGCAGGGGUCACCAACGCGGUGCCCACGGGCACCAGGUAGCCUGUGAAGGACCAGAGGAGUAGCCCGCUGGCCUGUUCUAAAAAUAGCUCAAAUAGCAGCACUUACCAGUGAGCUGCCUCUAUUCUUAAAUUGUAUUUAUUUACUAGCAAGCUGGUCUUGCUUUGCUCGACAUUUUUAAUUCUAAGAGAGACAAAACUCAAAUAGAAUUUGAAAAUCCAAGAAAAUAUUUUAAAGACUUGGUCUUCACUUGUUUAAAUAAAUUCAUUCAUUUUUUUUUACUUUGCUUCUUAUAACUUUAAGAAAAACAAUUUUAGAGAAAAAAUACAACCUUAAAAAUGAUUUUAGGAUUUUUAAACACAUAUACCUUUUUACCUUUUAAAUUCCUUCCUCUUCUUUCUUGACAAUUUAAAUCAAUGUUCAAGUAUAUAUAUUUUUUUUAUUGUAAAGAAUAAUAAAUACAUUUUAAUUAAAUUCUUCAUUUUAGCUUGUUUUUUCGAUGAAGAAUAUUUAUAAAAUAUUCCUUCAAACUUAUGAUUAAAAUUCAAAAAAAAUAUUCUGGCAAAUAUAGAAAAUCUGUAGAAUCAAAUGUAAAUCUUAUUCAAAGUCUUUUGAAUUUCUUUUAACAUUUUUGUUCUGGAAAAUCUAGAAGAAAUAAUGAUUUGUCUUUGUUAGAAAUAUAGCUUGGUCCAAUUUGUUGUAUAUUCUAACAAGGUGCAGAUUGGAUUUUAACCUAUUUAAAACAUGUCAUCAAAAUUUUAAAAUGAAUCUUAAAUCAGGAAAAAUUACUAAUGAUGUUCCAUAAAUUAUUUUUUUAAUUUUUUCAAAAAGAUUCGAAUUAGCUAGUUUUUCUCUUCAUUUUUUUCGGUUGAAUUUAAAAUUUUAAAGAGUCGAAAUUGAAGAUAAACUAUGUUUCAAAAUUUAAUUUUCAUUUUUUUCGUGUUUUCUCCUUUUUUAAAUCGUUCAAUUAAGUAUUUUUUUCAUCAUUUAUUCUCUACAAAAAACCUUUCGUAAAAGGAAAAAAAAUGUAUGACAGAAUGACUGACAGAAAUACCCAUUUUAUAUAUAUAUAUACAUAGAUUUAUUUAUUAAAGGUAAAUUGAGCAAAUUGGCUAUUUCUGGCAAUUUAUUUAAGUGUGUAUAAAACUGGUAGCCCUUCACAUUAAUCAGCACCGAAGAAGUAGCUCUUAGUUUCAAAAAGGUUGGUGACCCCUGUUCUAGAGUGUGUUCCAUUAUCACAACCAUGCCCUGGAAAACUUCUUAGUGUCCUUUUGUACGACCUUUGUGCCUAAUAGGUGACUCCAAUGGCUGUGCUCAUCAAAUAUGGCUUAUUAUUUAAUAUCCAUUUUAAUAACUUUUUUUUUUUUAUUAGGAAAUGUCUUCAACAACAGCCCAUCAACACUCCUGAGAACAUUUGCACAAGUGUUAAUUUGUAGUGAACGACUGGAUGCUGUAAGUCAUAUCGUAGUUAGAUUUGUGUUUUUUUGCUUAUGGUGGUGAUAAGCCCUGGUGCCAAAUACAAGGAAGGGUAAACAAGUGUCAAUGCCACUGUAAAUUAAAUUCUUGCAAGAAGCAGAUGCCAUAGAAACCUGUAACUGUGAGUGAUGUCAUGCCCAACAAUAUAUGAACAGUGCUCUGUUAAAUCACUGUCAUUUUUAAUAAAAACAAAUCUUUGAUAUGA